AUACAAGGUGGGUAGUGCGCGGGUGAGGUGAAUCAACCGGCGAUUGGUAUUCUGGAAGCCGGGAAGAGUUUUAGUAGAUAAGCAGAGAGAGAAUGAGGAGGGAGAAAAGACGGAUGUACGUGAAGACGAGACAGCAUAUUGGUUGAUAGAGAAAUAUCCUCUCCCUCGCCUUCACCUAAACCGCAAAACCCUAGCGAUCAUCGUCGAAACCUCAACUGUUCGAUUUGAGCUUUUGAGAUUCCUAAUAUCACUUCUCUCUCUCUCUCUCUCUCUCUCUUCAUUUCUCCUUUUUCUCCGCGAUCUUGGAUUGAAAGAUGAGUGCUCUGACGACCGCGUGGUCUCCGAGCUCGUGUCAGCUGCGGCUAGCCUUCCAUUGCAGAAGAUCGCCGGGCAUUAUUGUACGGACGCAUGCGAAGAUGCUAGAUCGUCAGGUUCGUGUAUUCUCCCUGGCUCAAGAGGGCGCGCGGGAUGGUAAUGGAGUGGAACGGCGUCGGACUGGUGAUUCUUGGACGAGUACGAAUUCUUCACCUGAUUCCUUUGCUGGAUGGUCCAGUUCUAAUGGUGCCGGUCCGUCCGGUGAGUAUCGGAGGAGGCAGUGGCUAACAGGAAUUGUAGGAGCAACAGUAGCAGGAGUUGUUCUCUUUGCUGGACUUACACUUGCAACGUUUUCUUUGAGCAAGCGGAACACUUCAAGACCAAAGCAACAGAUGGAGCCCUUGACACCACAAGAAGAAGUCUCAUUGGUCUGUGAGAAUUUGAAUAGUACCGUUCAGGACAAUGGAAAUGAGUCUAGUAGUAAUGGAAGCAAGACAAAUUUAGACAAGAAUUCCUCUUCAUCUCAAGAGCAUGACAAAUCUUUAAUUGAAAAUCGACUCAAUGAUGGUAAGGAUGAUGUGACCUCAUCUGCACCAAAUGUUAUACUUGCCUCCAAUGCGGUUGAAGCCAUUAGCAAUACUUCCAUGCCAGAUGAUUUCCAAUAUGAAUCGGCUUUUAAUGACAUGUCAGUUGCUUCUGAAUUGCCUGAAUCUGAGAUUAUUAAUGGCUCCUCUAGAUUUAAAGAAUUAGAUGACAGCCGCACUGUUAGUGCAAAAGAUCUGAAUCCUGAACUCAAAGUGAACCUAGUUGAUACCAAAUUUAGUGAUUCAUCUGCCUCUGAUGGGACUGCACCUCAGGAGGGAUUGCCUGGUUCAAGGGAAGCAGAAACUUGUGAAUUUUUAUUGGACUAUUCUUCUGCUUCUAUUGCACAUACUGGUGAGCCUCUGGCUGUGAAUAUCUCAGUCAACCCUGAGGUGGAUGCAGACCUGGAACCCUACAUUGUGUCUAAACAUGAUGUAAAGACAGCAAACCCAGUUUCAACGGAGGAAAAUCUUGACCUGCAAAUGGGACUAGAGCUUUCAGCUAAGGAAAGUGAUAAGUCUCUGGAAGAGAAUAAUUUAAAUGGAAGUACAACAUCUGGAACAACUUCUUUAUCUGCAUUAUUGCAUCCUGUUGAAAGUGAACAUGAAAAUGAGAUCACUAGAAGCAGAAAAUUCUACGAAGUGCCAAUGCCUCAAAAUUCAUUCUCUGCUGGUAUUCCUGCUCCAUCUGUAGUUUCUGCAGCUCUACAGGUGCUUCCUGGUAAGGUUUUGGUUCCUGCAGUUGUUGAUCAAGUUCAAGGCCAGGCACUAGCAGCAUUGCAAAUUCUGAAGGUCAUUGAGAGUGAUGUUCAACCUAGUGAUCUAUGUACUCGUCGUGAGUAUGCUCGUUGGUUAGUUUCUGCUAGCAGUGCUCUUUCAAGGAAUGCAGUUUCGAAAGUAUAUCCUGCUAUGUAUAUAGAAAAUGUCACUGAACUUGCAUUUGAUGAUGUAACACCUGAAGACCCUGACUUCUCAAGCAUUCAAGGCUUAGCAGAAGCUGGACUUAUCUCAAGCAAGCUUUCAAGGCGUGACAUGCUUUCUUCUAUAAAUGAUGAUCAGAGUUCCUUCUGUUUCUCACCUGAAAGCCCUCUAUCACGUCAGGAUCUUGUCAGUUGGAAGAUGGCACUAGAAAAAAGACAUCUCCCAGAAGCUGACAGAAAGAUCCUGCACGAACUUUCUGGUUUUAUAGACAUUGAUAAAAUUAACCCAGAUGCAUGGCCUGCCAUCUUGGCUGACCUAUCUGCUGGAGACCAAGGAAUAAUGGCACUUGCAUUUGGUUACACAAAGCUGUUCCAGCCAGACAAGCCAGUAACAAAAGCCCAAGCAGCUAUUGCUCUUGCAACUGGUGAGGCUUCUGACAUAGUCAGUGAGGAGCUUGCUCGUAUUGAAGCGGAGUCUAUGGCAGAAAAUGCUGUUGCUGCGCAUAGUGCUUUAGUGGCUCAAGUAGAGAAGGAUAUCAAUGCAAGUUUUGAGAAAGAGCUUUCCAUUGAAAGGGAAAAAAUCAAUGCUGUGGAGAAAUUAGCUGAAGAAGCAAGGCAGGAAUUGGAAAGGUUAAGAGCUCAGAGAGAGGAAGAAAAUCUUGCCUUAAUGAAGGAACAUGCUGCUGUUGAAUCGGAGAUGGAAGUUCUCUCAAAGUUAAGGCGUGAAGUGGAGGAGCAGUUACAGAACCUUAUGAGUAACAAGGUUGAGCUGUCAUAUGAAAAGGAUAGGAUUAGCAAACUUCAGAAAGAAGCAGAGCAUGAAAACCAGGAAAUUGCUCGAUUACACUAUGAGCUGGAGGUAGAACGAAAAGCCUUGUCCAUGGCCAGGGCUUGGGCCGAGGAUGAAGCAAAAAGAGCGAGAGAACAGGCAAAGGCACUGGAGGAGGCUAGAGAUCGGUGGGAGAGGCAUGGCAUCAAGGUCAUUGUUGAUAGUGAUCUCCGUGAAGAGGCCUCCACUGGAGUUACAUGGCUCAAUGCUGGAAAGCAGUUCUCCAUCGAAGGAACCAUUAGCAGGGCUGAGAACUUGGCGGACAGGCUCAAAGCGAUGGCAGCUGAAGUAAGAGGGAAGUCCAGAAAUAUAAUUGAGAAGGUAAUCCAGAGAAUACUCUGGUUGAUAUCAAUUCUGAGGGAGCGGGCAUCUGAAGCAGGCAAGUGGACAGGAGAAUUUAAAGAUGCCACCAUUUUGAAGGUGAGGGGAUCAGCACAAGAAUUACAGCAAAGUGCAUCAGAAUUUAGUUUAGCCCUUAAAGAAGGGGCAAAAAGAGUUGCAGGAGAUUGCAGGGAAGGAGUCGAGAAAAUAACCCAGAAAUUUAAAACAUGAUUUCUUCUUCUUCUUCUUCUUCUUCUUAGGCAACUGGCUGGUGAGAAGUCAGUGUUGUAAUUUUGAUUGUUCGUCAUAUUCCUCCCCCUGCUUGUAUGAAGUGUGGGUUUAAGUUGACCCAAUAAGAAGAGCACAAUCCAGGUUGGGGGAUUGUACAAUUGUGUAUGAUGUAAAGAAAACUUGAAGUUUGCAUGCAUGCGUUUAAA